GCUAAGAGCACCGUAUAUAGCCAAAAUAUUCUGCUUUCAAAGUUGGAAGAUCGGAGAGACUCGAGAAUCAUGAAAAUCACGCUGUCCCUUCCUGUACUGAUAGUACUGGCUCUCUCAGUUUGCUGCUACUCUUAUGAGCCAAGUACUUUACCUGAUACAAGAGACAAACAGUUUAUUGAGGAGUGUGUGACGGUUCAUAACCAUUUUCGGUCCCGGGUGAAUCCAGCAGCCAGCAACAUGCUUCACAUGAGCUGGGACCCAGAUUUGGCAAAGACAGCCAGAGCAUGGGCAAAGACAUGUCAGUUUAAACAUAAUAUCUAUCUCAAGAUACGCGGGAAGGCCCACCCUACCUUUACUUCUGUUGGAGAAAACAUCUGGACUGGCUCUCUUCGCAUGUUUUCUGUGACUGCAGCCCUCACUAACUGGUACGAUGAGUUCAAACACUAUACCUAUGGCACUAACACUUGCACCUACAUGUGUGGCCAUUACACUCAGGUUGUUUGGGCAACAAGUUACAAAGUUGGCUGCGCUGUUCACUUUUGCCCUACAGUAACAGGGUUUGCGGGAUCUAAUGCAGCACAUUUUAUUUGCAACUAUGGGCCAGCUGGGAAUUAUCCAACACAGCCUUAUAACGCAGGAGCAGCAUGCAGCAAAUGCAACGGUGAGAAGUGUGUGGAUAAGCUAUGUGAAAAUCCAGAGCGUGAGAAAGUCAUAAGUAACUCUGGGUGGUAUCCAGACUGGGAUAAAGCCAUGUGUGACCAAUACUGUAUCACUAUUCUAGUUUUAAGGCCAUCAUUAAUUGUAUUGACUUUUGGAGCUGUUUGGUUUCUACAGAAGCAUUAUCCCCAAUUAUCUAUAAGUGACUAAUAUGCAUUUGAAAGAUUGCAGGAAUACUUCAGGCUAUUCUACUCCUAUUCCACAUGCAGAUUUCCCCUAAUCCACAUGCAGAUUUAUUAGUGCAGGGAAAUCUAACACAAUGAUCUGUAGAAUGAGGCCUAGUCUAUUAAUGAUGAGUGCAUUUAUCUAUUUUCAAAUCACAUGCAAAAAAAGCCACCCACAACCCUUAAUCCAAGGUAAUUAUCUGAAUAUAGGUGAAGGCUCACUGUAAUUUGCUUGGUUAAGGGCCAGAGUUAAGGGCAUGCAUUCACCCUUCUCUUUUACAUGCUCUGAUAUUUGAGGACCUAACUGCACAAGCUUGAUGACAUAUUAACAUGUAGCUAAUUGCUGCUGUCCUUACCCAAAGGAGUAGUCCAAUAGAAGUCAAUUGGACUACUUAUGUGAGUAAAUGAAGCAAGAUUUGGCCUGUAACCUUUUGCAUUUGACACUGUAGGUGUUUAGUUUUUGUUUAAAUGUUUGAGGGGAUGAUGAGAAGAGUCACAAAUUCCUUAGCUAGCAGGCACCCUCAGUCCAGCCACAGGCCAUCUGGUGCCCAUCCUCAUCCUCCUGCUCCUGUCAUAUGUGCAUUUCUUGACAGGCACCAGUUAGCAACAGGUGACUAGUGUUUGUUAGUACUGCGGGCUGAGCACCGGAUAUACCUGCGCAUUUAUUGAAAUGUGCAUUCCCUCCCAGAGCAUGCGAAGUGUAAACAUUUGUAACUGUAAAGCUACUGAUUAGAUUUUCUUCACUUAGAUCUUUUGAUUAGAUUGUGAGCUCUUUGAGACAGGGACUGGGUGGAAAGCACCUAGCAUGUUGUGGGUACUACCAUAUUAUACCAGAAUAUAAAGAACAAUAGGCUCAUGCUUUUUAGAGUUUAAUGAAGUCUAAAAGCAAGUCAAAUAGAAGAAAAUACUUCAAACGUUCAUUAAAAGUUACCUGUUUCAC